AGUAUGACUUUUUCAAGUCUUUUCUUUCCCUUCUGUUUGAUUGCCGAGGAAGAACCAGAGGAGCUUUCAAACUUUUGGGUCUCAUCCUAUGUGUUUUUCUGUUUUCUAGACUUAAAAAUUGUAACUUUAGUUUGUGUUUGCAUGAGAAACGUUCAUCUUAGGAUCCCUUGGAAAACGUUUCAAAUUUUUAUUCUCUUUUUGAAAUCAAAUUGAACUUUCAAGUUCAAAAUUUAUUUUAUUGGCUUUCCAAAUAAUAAUAAUAAUAAUAAAACAAGACCUUGCUUUUAUAGCCAUAAUUGAAGAGGUUUUGCUGGCAAUCCUCUCUAUCCCUUUAGUUUAGUGGAAGGAGUGGAUGCUUGAAUUCGAACAUUUACUUACUUCACAGGACUUGUAAUCUCAUGAAGAGCUUUAAAGUGUUCGUUCAUAUGUUCAAUUGUCUAAACUUUGUGCCAUAACUGACUCGUGUGACAAUUUCAAAAUUUGACCAAAAGUUGUGGCCUUUAGCUGCUCAGUUUUCAUCAGAAAUAAUUGAAAUGAUGAUAUUUGCAAUACGGGUUUAAACUUUGGAAAUCAGUUCUUUUCUACCUUGUCAAGAUGAAGUUGUCUGUGACCUGUUUCUUACUUUCACCACCUGACCGUUUGUUUUACUUGGCGUCUGCACCACCAGAUCCUAAGAAAGGAUCAUGCCUCUGCAGUCUCCUCAUUGCAGUUUCUAUGAUAUGUAGCAUUUACUUUGUUGGUUCUGCAUUUGUUGGGAAGCAGUACAAGGAAAGACUGAAUGCAUGGAAAUUGAUUGAGGCGAUGCAGAAAUCUGAUGAAUGCAAGGAUCGUUGCAGGCCUUCUGGAAGUGCGGCAUUGCCUCAAGGCAUAGUUAACGAGAAAUCUAACUAUAAAAUGCAGCCUUUAUGGGGCCCUUCUUUGAACGAUGACAAUCCACAACCUUCAGCGAGCUUGCUAGCAAUUGCAGUUGGAAUAAAGCAAAAGGAAAUAGUGGACCGAAUUGUUACAAAGUUUCCUUUAAGUGAUUUUGUUGUGAUGCUUUUUCAUUAUGAUGGUGUUGUGGACAAAUGGAGAGAUUUAUCAUGGAGUGACAGUGCCAUCCAUGUAUCUGCAGUAAAUCAAACAAAAUGGUGGUUUGCCAAGCGUUUCCUGCAUCCUGAUAUAGUUGCUGAAUACAAUUAUAUAUUUCUUUGGGAUGAAGACCUUGGAGUUGAGAAUUUUAAUCCAAGACGAUAUCUGUCAAUUGUUAAAGAGGAGGGACUAGAAGUAUCACAGCCAGCACUUGAUCCUGCUAGAUCUACCAUUCAUAAUCCAAUUACUACACGUACAAGGAACUCCAGGGCGCACAGGAAAAUAUUGAAGCUCAAAGGCAACGGAAGGUGUUAUAACAAUAGCACUUUACCUCCGUGCACAGGAUGGGUGGAAAUGAUGGCACCUGUCUUCUCAAAGGCAGCUUGGCGAUGUACAUGGUACAUGAUCCAGAAUGACUUGAUUCAUGCGUGGGGCCUGGAUAGAAAACUUGGUCAUUGUGCACAAGGUGACUGGACAAAAAAUGUUGGCGUGGUUGAUGCUGAGUAUGUAGUUCAUCUUGGUCUUUCGACCCUUGGCGUCUUUAAUGGAAGUGAGGUACUACUGUCCGAGUCCAAGGAAGUUGAUAAAAGACCCCAAGUGAGGACACAGUCAUAUGUUGAGAUGAACAUCUUCCACAAGAGAUGGGAAGAUGCGGUGAAUGAGGACAGAUGUUGGGUUGAUCCAUAUCAACAGUUUGCCAACCAAACCAGAUACUGAACUGUGUUUAUCAAGUGAAUGUUAAUGCUGACACAUUUUCUUGGCGAGGCAAGAAGAUCUCUGAACAGCCAAGUCUCAGGCGGAUCAAAGUCAUGUGAUUGAUGAUUGGAAGGAACGGGGCGAAUGUUUCGCAAGCCAGCAUUGAAAGAGAUUAUUGCAGUGUUAUGAUUCUUUGGUCUUUAUCUUCCCCAGCUAAAAAAGAAAUGGGAGAUGCACCCAUUGUGUCAGUUGCUGGUUUCCAUAGAUAGGGGUCUGAUUCUUUAAAUGGUGUACAUACAGUUGGUUUUGGAGACUCUUACAGAUUUGGUUUUGAAAGGAGUGGUUCUGGACAGCUUUCUUGAUGUAUCUUGAGAAUAAUUUUUGAUUUAUUGAAAUCUGUUUUCUUAUUAUUCAA